GCGUGAGCGCAGUCCCGGAGGCGUGGAGAUCCAUGGAGUUCAUAGACGCCGACCGACCUCGCUUCCUCUUCCAAGCGCGCGCGGCUCCUCCUCCUCCUCCUCCGUCGUCGUCGUCUUCUUCUUCUUCUUCUUCAACCUCCGAUCAACGGCAGCAGCUGAACAAGCCCUUCCUCUUCGUCACCACCGCACUCUCGGCUGUCCUCAUCUCUCUCUCGCUCCUCUACGUCUCCGAGCCCUUCCAAUCUCUCCUCCUCUGGCUUUCCCUUUCCCUCCUCGUCGGCCCCUUCGCCCCGUCCUCCCUCACCGGCGGCUCCGUCCGCGUCGGCCGCGGCCCGAUCGUCGAGUUCCCCGAUCAGCAACCCCAGGUCGUGGAGGAAACGAAGAGGAAGCCGUCCCAGAAGCGGCCUAAAGGGCAGCCUCCAGGUAAUAAUGUUGCGUUUUCACCGCCAAUUGCUGAAAUUGAUGAACAAUUGGGGAAGAAGAUCGAGGGAAAUGGUUUAGUGAUUCAGGGGAAGAGUGAUCUAGGGUUUCGGGAGAAGGAGAAGGAUUGGAGUGAGGAUGAGAUCGAGCUCUUGAGGAAGCAACUGGUGAAGCAUCCGGCAGGGAAGCCGAGGCGGUGGGAGAUAAUUGCAGAGGCUUUCAAUGGGGGUCACAGAUUGGAGAGUGUGAUCAAGAAAGCAAAGGAAUUGGCCGAUAAGAAGUCGAGCGACAAGGACUCGUACGCUCAGUUCUUGAAGAACAGGAAGCCUCUGGACGAGAGGCUGAAUGAGGGGGCGGAUGGUAAUGGCAGUGGCGAGGUCAGAAGGGAGAGUGAAUGGAGCAGCGCGGAAGACAUUGCGCUGCUCAAUGCAUUGAAGGCGUUUCCAAAGGAUGCGCUGAUGAGGUGGGAGAAAAUUGCAGCUGCCGUCCCGGGUAAGACGAAGGUGGAUUGUGUCAAGAGGGUCUCGGAGUUGAAGAAGGAUUUUCGGAGUUCUAAAGCCGCCAAAGAGGGACAGAUGGAAGAAUGAGAAUUGGUAGGUUUCACUCAAUUUUGGCAUUGAUUUUCCAUUGUUUGAGUCAACAUAUUGCGUUCUUGAUUGGUUUAUUGUAGCCAGAUUAGAGGAUCGAAUAAGAUAGUGAUCAUGACCAUAGAGUCCUGUUGGGAUUCUGUACACCACACACUCCCAAUAAGAUGGGCAUGUUGUUUUGCCACUAAAUUAUCUUCCUGUUAUUGACCUUGUUUAGCUCUAUGAGGUAUUCUUGCAUUUGGUGUUACAACUCAUAGAAACUUGUGUUGUACACGACAAUUGCGGUGGUUGCGCUCAACUAAGUUGGACACCAAUUUUUGAGGAAUGAAUAGCUAUACUUA